AUGUACAUAUUUUUCGUUACAUCUUCCGUUUCCGUUAUUAAAUACUCCACUCACCAUCGCAUCGUCGGAAAAUGUUUUACUGUCAUUUGCACCAUUGUGAAUGAUUCAUUUCUGCUGCUAUUGCAUUGUUUUCCUUCGGUGUCAAAAAUUUUCGUUUGCGCUGCUUAGUAUUUUACAUCGAAUAUAAUAGCAGCUAUUUGAGUCCAUCAUAAUUAGAAGUGUUUAAAAACGCCGACAAGCUGAGUAAAUUACCUACAAAUAUAAAAACAAAAAAAUUAUAACAGUUCUGGCCAUACAUUGGCCUGCUAGUGAAUUGUCAAAAAACACGACAUAACUUAUUGUCACCGCUGUCUAAUAGGACUCAACUACAAGAAUGGCCUCUACAAUGCAGCUGGAGUUUUCGCAGGCCAUGUCCGAUUUUAAGACGAUGUUUCCAGACAUGGAUCGCGAGGUAAUUGAAGCGGUUUUGCGUGCAAACCAAGGCGCUGUAGAUGCCACAAUUGAUCAGCUAUUAGCUAUGUCGACGGAUAAUCAAAAUGAAAAACUGCGUAAUGAAUUGGACGCAAAAACAUCACCCCAACGCAGUCUUAUAAAUCUUCAUGGCAUAGAUAAUCAGCCUCCAACAGCACAAUUAAUUGAUACAUCUGACGGAUGUUCUACAAUUGCACCAAGUAGUCAACAAAAUGCAGCAGCUGCUGCAAAUGCUGUGUUAUUGAAUCUCAGCAGCAAUAAUGCUGUCAGCUCAUCACCUAAUCAUAAUACUGGUGCAUCGCCCAAACAGCGACUGGUAAGUGCCAACAACAAAUCAUCUGCAAAUGUCACACCCAAACGUAGUGGUGGUCAUCAUGGUACGCGACGUUGGAAUCCACCUAUGCUCGGCCCACUACCGGCAGGCUUUCUAAGGAUCACACCGAGUGCACAAGAUGGAAUAGUGCGUGAUUUUGACUUGCCCGACGAACAAUUCGCAAUGAUGUUACAAAAUGAGGAAUUUAUGAAUCAGUUACGGUGGAAUCAGGAAUUUAUGAAUGCGUUAGAAAAAGAGCAAUGCGGCAAAGGAAAGGGCGAAGAUGACGCUGCAUUCAAAGAACGAUUGAAACAUAUGGGAAAGGUGUCACGAAAAAAGUUUUUACAAAUGGCACGUGUGUUUACAUGGCAGCGUAACAAAAAAACAACAACAGCCAAGCAAAUAGAUUCACUACCUCUGAAAGAGGAGCCCAGCGACGACGAGGAUCACCAUCAUGGACAACGUAAGUAAAAAACGGUAGUUGUGUGACAACUUGGGGAAACCCCAUAAUCACCUUGUUAGUGGUAUGAUGCGUGUUACGAAAUAAUUAUGUAAUGUUUUAGUUUUUAAUUUUAAGCAAAUAGUUGUUGAUAUAGUGUAUAAGUUGCUUUCGCAUUUUGGUUGCAGCUAAUCUUCAUAAAUUUAUUGUUUUCUAUGUACUUUUAAGCUUUAUAUGCGAUUGCAAUUAUCUAACGUGAUGCUCAUAAGCUUUCCAUGCCGAUAAGCAUAUAUACAUACAUAUAUACUAAUAAUGUAUAUAUGUAUAUACACAUGUAUUUAUAUAUAUCUGUGGUUGUAAAAGACGAAAGACAAAUUCCAAAUGUACACAAAGCGUUAAAAUGGUAGAUUUUAUCUUAAGUAAACUAAGUUAUCAAAAAAAUGCUUUAAAUAUUUUGUCCUCUAAUGAAUUGCGAAGAAUAAUGGUGUGAUCGCAUAGGAACAAAGAGAUGAGUAAUGUAUAUUAGAAGUGCAAUAAAGAGUUCAACUAUAAUUGAAAUAUAUAAACACGA